AUGGAUCUUGAAUACACAGUCACAGAAAUCGUAAGUCGGGAUGGACGUGGUCAAGUUGUUCAACUCGAUUAUCAAUUUGAAGAAACCACAACUGUUGAAACAACAUCAUCAGCAGGCAUGGCUCGACAAAAUAGAGAAAAACGAAGUCGUUCCUAUGAUGCAACAAUAACCCGUGAUCAAUAUAAAAAUUUUUCAAGUCGUCAAAAGAAUGCAUUAUCAUUCGAUUCAUUCGUGAUUGUUUUACGGCCAUUUAUACUGGGUUUCUAUGCCGGUGAAGAACUUGAACGUGCAUUUAAUAUAUUAGAUCGUGAUCAUUCUGGUAAAAUACAUGUCAAUGAACUAGGCUCUUUUUUACCUAUAUUAAAUGAAUCAAUCGAUGAUGUAGCUCUACUAAAUUAUAUACGAAAAAUUGAUCAAGACACCGAUGAAAACAUGAAUUUCGACGAAUUCCGUGCAUUGGUUUUACGUGGCAUCGGUCGGGAUAUUAUUUGUAAUCAUUUAUAA